GAAUAUCACUAGUUUAUGUCGGUACGUAGUGCUGUUAUCAACUUUGUAGAAAGUUAUUGUAAUAAUGCUUAACAUAAUACUAAUUUACGCAAUAAUUGUUGUUUUUCUAAUCACGGUUUUGCUUUCAAGAUAUUUCUUUUGGCGAGCACGUCUAAAAACCGUUAAUAACAAACACGUAGUUGUGACUGGUGGAUCAAGUGGUAUAGGAAAAUGUGUAGCAAUUACAGCUGCCAAAUACGGGGCACAUGUGACAAUAAUUGCAAGAGAUGUUCAAAAAUUAGAAGCAGCAAGAAACGAAAUAGUUCAUGUUUGCAAAAACAAGGACACUCAAAAAAUCGAAUAUUUAUCUCUUGAUGUUGGCGAAGAUUACGAGACGGUUGAAAAAGCCUUAGGUGAUUUAGAAAGAACUAUGGGUCCAAUAUAUAUGUUAGUGAAUUGUGCUGGUACUGCAAUUUGUGGAAAAAUUGAAGAUACCAGAGUUGCAGAUUUAAAAAAAAUGAUUCACAUUAAUUUCUUGGGAUCCUAUUAUUGCACCAAAGCUGUCGUACAAAGAAUGAAAGCUUCUCAGGAAGGAAUUAUUGUUUUAACUUCUUCCCAAGCUGCACUAUUAGGUAUAUUUGGCUAUUCAGCCUACUGUAGCACGAAAUUUGCACUCCGUGGUUUAGCUGAAAGUAUAGCCAUGGAACUUGCACCGUAUAACAUUUCUGUGACUCUUAGUCUACCUCCAGAUACAGAUACACCAGGUUUUGCCAUAGAAGAGCUAUCAAAACCUCUUGAAACAAAACUCAUAUCAGAAACCAGUUCUUUAGUGAACCCAGAAGUAGUAGCCAACAAACUCUUUAAGGAUGCAUUGGCCGGAAAAUUCUUCUCUACGGUUGGUGCGGAAGGUUUUAUAUUAACUGUUUUAUGCUGUGGUAUGUCACCAUUUAAUUCGACAAUCGAAUUAGUCGUGCAAUCGAUGUUACUCGGCCUUUUCCGUAUUAUAAGUGCCUUUUACAUAGUUCGUUUCCGAAAAAUUAUUAAGAAUUGUAUGAAGACUCGUGACAAAAAUAAAAAAUCCGAAUAAAUAAUUUGUGCAAGAUAAAAUGAAAUAUAAAA